AUGCACAUUCCAGUCAACUUCCGUCAAUUUGACAUCCGUCAGGAUGGCCCGGGCAACGUCAACAACAUUAACCCCGCCACCAACAACAACAAUAAUAACACCGACGGCGGCCAUGAUAGCAGCAGCUCGUCGCAUAGUAGCAAUAGCUCGGACAAGAACAAUAUUGUCAUAAUAUGUGUCGCUUGCAUCAUCUUUGUCCUGGCCUCCUCCCUAAUGAUCUACUUCGUCUUACGGACCCUCCGCCGCAUGGACUGUCGCCCAAAAUACCUGCCCGGGAAAUUCUUGAAAGACAAAUGGAAUAGGUGGAACGUGGGCGUCACGUACGGCCAGGUCCCGGAUGGAUCUUCGUCGAAUAACCAGAAUGCGAACGCCACCAGAGCCGGACCCUCCGAGAGAGGCGCCGAAAUGCGAACCACCACCGCCCCCCCUGCCGCCAACAAUACUAGCAAUGUCCGGCGCGAUACAUCAGUUCGCUCUGUGAUCACCCUCCCCGCCUACUCAGCCAGUCCCAAGCCAACGGAACAGGUUAUUGCUCGAGAAGGAGAACGAGAAGGCAUGGACAUGGUUGUGGAAUUCCCCGAAACAGCGGAAGAGGAGGAGAAUCGCCGAGAAGAAUUGAUGGAGUCGCUGUACCAAAUUCGGCUGCAACGGCGAGACGAACUGGCCGAACGUGAGUGGCGCCGACAGGAGCGUCGGGAGGCUCGUGAGCGCGGAGACUAUAUCCGUGUCGAACAACUUCGGCAGGAAAGUCGCGCCCGCCAAAGAAAUCGCAUAUCUGCCAAUGGUAGCGGCUCAAAUCUCAGUGCAGCUCUAGCCGAAUCUCGGAAUCGUGGUCGCGAUAGGCGCAUCUCCAGUGUGUCUUAUGCGGAGUUGGGCCACGUCCGGCACGACGGAUCGCGUAUCAGAGCUAGUUCGCCCGACUCUGACCGUCGUCCUCUCCUCAACGAUGCUUCUGGGGCCAAUACAGAUACUCCUGAUCGAUCUUCAGGGUCAAUUCUCACUGGCGUCCAUUCCCGGGGCGAGUCCUACUCGUCGUAUCAGUCUGGCACCUCCGACGCGGAUACCCUCACUCAGGUCCAGUCGCAUGCAACGUCUACCCAUUCGGCAGACCAUCCAUCGCCAGGUACCGAUGAGAGCGAUGUUGGCGCACUCCACAUUCCGCCGCCCGAGUACGAGGAUUUGGACUGGGGGGAAGCGCCGCCUUAUACCAGUCCGAUCGCAGAGACCAGCGGACACGCGCCACAGCUGCGUGAAUUGACUACUCUACCUACCAUUCAUAUCGACGUUGCUAGCCCUAUAAGCAAUACUCCUACUACCCCCACGAAUCCCCUGCGGGAAGAGCAGCAUUCUGCUGAGCAACAUUCCGCUGGGCGACACCCCACCGAGGCUCCCUCCGAAGAACGUAUCUGCGCGUCUCAUAUCGCCAACAUGUCGCGCGAAGCAACAACGAACAGCUUCGCGUCGUUCGGCUCAGACUUCGACCCCGAGCACGAGGCUCUCGCAUCUACCAAGGAACUUGGUGGAAGCCCCCGGCUUCCGUCCAUGAACAAAAACGCCAGAAAGCGCCACGAGUUCGAGGAAGAAGAGCCUGAUUAUGCCUUCAACACAUCUACCUUCGAACAAUACCUGCCAGACUUCUCCCCGAUCGGCACCUCAGAAGAAGAAGCCGACCACGACGACGACAGUAUCUCCAUCGAGGCCGGACGAGGCCCUGCGAACCCUCCCCGCCGUCUGGACGACUCGAGAAACUCCUACAUGACCAUCGAAAACAGUGUCCGCUCGUCAUCUCCAGCGGUUAGACUCGACUACCCUACCUCCAAUACCCCUCAGAAGUCUGCCAUGCGUAACCCGGCGAGAAGAGCGGUCAGCGAAAGUCUCCGAAAGGAUGCUCAGAUUAGACGCGCCAGUCUUGCGCAGAAAGAGAACGUCGAUCCCCAGACAGCCAAGUCGAAUCGCAGGGAGCAGCGGCGAACUCUGUCAGAGAUGCACGCAAAGGUCCGCGAUGCUUAUGAAGGAUCCUUGAUUGAAGACGAAAGACCCCCUGCGGUGGCUAACAGUACGCGUCCGACACGAUUCGGAAACCUUAACCUCUCCCAUCAAAUUGCCGACGCCGUGGAGAAGGCUUCCCAAGAGGCUUACGCUCGCGAACUUCGUCGCGGAAAGGCUAACACCAACUCGCGCAGUAUGCCAAAUAGUGCGGGCGACACGGGCACACAGCACUCAUUCCUUCUUCCAGACCUUCCUAAUCUGUCUGAGUUGGUCUCGGGCGUAUAUGAGGAUGGAACGCCGGUUUACGCACGCCAGAGCAGGUCACGUACGACGCGUUUUGUGUCUCCUCAAAAUGAUGCCACUGAUGUAUCAUUGACUCGCGAACAUAUGCCGCUCGAUGCAGUGCCGAUCCCAGAAGAUGAAAAGGCUCUAUUCGUCUCGUUGAGGCUUCUACAGGACAAGGUCUCGGAACUCGAAAGAUCCAAGACUGAAGCCGAACGGAGGAUGGAUGAGAUGAAACGGGAGAACGAGAGUUUGAGGACAACCAAGUCGCGCAACAAGGACAAACACGGUCGCAGCCGACCAUAUGAAUCGGAGGAGGAUCAGUAUAGGAGAGAUCGACUGUCCAGUGACAAUCAAAAGCUGGAUGCUGCCAACCUGGCGUUGCAGAAUAAACUCGACAUCAUCGAAAGGAAGACUCAGAUUCAGGAGUCGACUCUGAAACGGCUGAAUCGGGAGCGUGAUAUGGCGGUCUCUCAGUUGGGGGUGGCCUACCUUGAAACGCAAGACCUCAAGGGCGAGAAUGAGAGUCUUCGUCAAGAGAUCUUAGACCUGAAGUCGCAGCUGACAAAGAUUCUGUCUGCCGGCCCCAGAAACCGUGACGACACCGUCGACUCAGAGCUGUCUUCUUCUUUGACUGAUGCAAGUGACGACGAUAGCCAGCUAGACACGCAACGAAGCAAGCACACCAGCCGAAGCACGAGGGAGGUCACUGGCAAGAGUUCGCGCUCGCGGUCUAAGGCUGGGCGUCAAGAGGACUCGCGUGCUAAGGUCUCGACGCAGGUCGACAAGGAAAUCUCUCGACUCGAAAAGGAACGUGCGGAAGAGGCUCUGUUUUCACUCGAUGUCCCACAGAUCAGGGAAAAGUCAAGGACCAAGGCAGAGAAGUCCAAAAGCCGGUCACAGACUAGCGAUGUGAACAGCAAGAAGCAGUCAAAUACUGGCAAACAGCGCGUUAAGCGAGUGGUUGUCGAAGAGGUUGACGUGACUGAGCCUUUGGAGUCCAGUGGAGAGGUCACUGGAAACACCAGGAAAUCCAGCGCAACCGAGCAGGACUUGACUCUCCUAAGCUUUGUUGAUGAACGUGAGAUUGCUCAGUUGCGAAAGACGCUCGAAGAGGAGCGACUGGCUCGGAAACGGCGGCAAUCCAACACGAACACGGAUCAGACUGCAAACGAAACAGGGAACACCACCCGUCAGAGCGUUCCCAAAUCGACUGUUCCUAGAAAGUCUUCCCUCAAGGAAAGCAAGGGGGUGCCAUCCAGACCCGCCUCGGCAAUGGACUUGACCGCACCCUCCAAGGCCAGCAUGGCGGAAGGAGACAGCAACCUGUCGGUACCCGUUGAACGUCCCAGACGGCACUCGGAUCACUCUGCGCCUGCUGCUGCUCAGCGCCGCCGGCGACGAAUCGCCGAAGAGAUGACAUCGGCCUUCAUUCUCCCUGAUAUUACAUUCAACCCUGCUCAUCUAGCCGACAACAACCUUGCGAAGCUUCCAGAACCUGCACAGCGUGCCCUCGAUAGCGCCACUCAGCACAACGGCAAAAACUGCACCGUCUGCAAGCGUUCCAUCCCCGAUGGCUCUUGUGACCAUCCCGCCGAGGCAGUGAAGAUUCCCAAGCCUAUUCCAGUCUCGGAACGUAUGCCUGAGCCUUCUCCUUACAAUGAGGAACCUACGAUGCGGCCGGCGCAGUCGCCCGAACUUGCCCUUGCGACCGUGCUCAAGGCCUUGGAAGACGAGCUCGCACACUUGAAGAUGCAAUUGGUGGCAUACCAGGGCGCGUACAACAAGCUGGAUGCGUCGUUGAGCAAGCGGCAGCGGAAGUCUGUCGGAGAAAAGAUCGAGAAGCUGUUGAAGGAUAUCGAUAUGAAGGCUGACCAGAUAUAUGCGCUCUACGAUGUCCUCGAGGGCCAAAAGCAGAACGGCCGUGAGAUGACCGAGCAGGAGAUGGAGGUGACCCUUCAAUCGAUCGGAAUUGAUACCGCAGGGCGGGCAGCUGAUGUCACUGCCACCACUGAUAAGUCCUCUCGCAAAGGCCCCGAGCCGGACUACGAUGAGGAUGACGACGAACUUCCCUGGGAAGGAUUCGAGAUUUCCUGGUCCUCCCCCAAGACACAAUUCCCGGUCUCUACAAUCUACAUGACCUCCACACCACAUAACUAUGAUGCUCGCAGCCUGCACACCGACUAUGUAGAUACUCCUGCGACCGACUCGGGCACCUCGCGUGUCCGAAAGGAUCCGUUCCAGCCGGAGAACCAAUUCUUAUCCCCGACGAUCUCCCUCAAUUCAUAUGCGGACGGCGACGAAGAGAGCGUCAACACGGCGAUCCACGAUGGCAGCUCCGCGCAGACCCGUAUUCUUGCGCCUGCGCCCGAAUUUAUCGCUUCACGACGCUUAUCAGUAGAUAUCGCUAAUAGUAGCGACGACGAUAACGACAGCGACGGGGAUGAUGAUGAUGAUGAUGAUGACGAGCACCACAGCAGUGACACCUCUGAUCCUCCCAACGAGAAGCCAGUUACUUGGUCCUCGUUGCCUAAGAAGAGCCAACUCGCUAUCUUGACCAUUGCUCGACUGUCGGAGCCGCUGACCCAGACAUCGUUGCAAGCCUAUAUGUUCUACCAGCUCAAAUCCUUCGACCCCUCCCUCCCGGACUCGACGAUCUCGACGCAGGCGGGGAUUCUGCAGGGCAGUUUUACCGCGGCGCAGUUUCUGACGGCCGUCUGGUGGGGUCGACUGGCUGAUGCGGAAUGGAUGGGCAGGAAAAGAGUCCUUCUUAUUGGGUCGCUCGGAACCUGUAUCUCGUGUUUGGGAUUCGGCUUCUCCAAGUCGUUUGUCGCGGCGGCCGUGUUUCGCACGCUGGGCGGAGCGUUGAACAGCAAUGUGGGUGUCAUGAGAACUAUGAUUGCGGAGAUUAUCGAGGAGAAGAAGUACCAAUCUCGAGCAUUCCUCUUGUUGCCAAUGUGCUUCAAUGUUGGUGUGAUUAUCGGUCCGAUCCUUGGUGGUGCAUUGGCGGAUCCGCUGAAGAGUUAUCCUCACCUAUUCGGCCCCGGGACGCUGUUGGGAGGCGACACUGGGGUGGGCUGGAUGCGGAAAUGGCCGUUUGCGCUGCCUAAUCUGCUUAGUGCGAUUUUCAUCUUCUUCUCGUUGGUGGCCGUCUUCUUUGGACUGGAUGAGACACAUGAAGUUGCGCGUUAUCGGAGUGACUGGGGCCGGAAAUUGGGACGCAAGAUUUCGAGGGCAUUCGCCAGGCGUCGGGGACGGUAUUACCGUCGCUUGAUGGAGCAUCCGGACGAUGAGUCUCUAUACGUUGACGGCAGCAUCGCUAGCAGAUCGGCCCCAUCCACGCCGCUGCGCUCGCGCGCUCGACCUCGUCACAAACGUCCCAGUUUUGGCCAAAUCUGGACACCUAAUGUCCUCCUCACGCUGCUAGCCCAGUUUCUUCUGGCUUUCCACACCAGCGCGUUCAAUUCGAUGACUUUCACGUUCUUACCCACCCCGCGCGCCCCCAAGGACAGCCAAGAUGGAUGGUUCCAUUUCGGCGGUGGUCUGGGCCUACCAUCGUCUCGAGUCGGUAUGGCUACCGCUAUCAUCGGGAUCAUCGGCCUACCGUUGCAAAUUUUUGUCUACCCCUGGGUCCAAGGGUAUUUGGGCACGUUGCCGUCCUUCCAAACCUUUUUGCCCUUCUCUUCCUUGGCCUAUGCCCUGAUGCCGUUCCUCCUGAUCGUCCCACGAGUAGCGUGGAUGGUCUGGCCAGCCUUUACAAUUGUCAUUGGGCUCCAGGUCAUAUCCCGGACGUUUGCUCUGCCAGCCGCCGUUAUUUUGGUGAACAACUCGGUCUCCGAUCCGUCCGUUCUAGGGACCAUCAAUGGGGUGUCCCAAAGCAUUUCGAGUGCAGCACGCACGCUGGGACCGUUCAUUGGAGGUUGGGGCCUAGGGCUGGGACUAGACUGCAACUUUGUUGGCGGGAUCUGGUGGGCUCUGGCACUGGAGGCCUUGGCGGGCUGGUUCGUCCUGUUCUUCAUCUAUGAAGGCAAAGGGAUUGAGAAGAAGAAGCACACGGAGGAUAUUGAAGAGGGAGAGGAGCGCCGCUGA